GCUGCGUGACCGAAGACAAGGCGGCGGGAGCCCCGAGUGUGCAAAAAGCUGCGUUUCGCGCGUUCUGUGUGUGUGUGUGUGUGUGUGUGUGUGCGCGCGCGCGCGUGUGUGUGUUUCUGCGGAUGAAGUGGAUGUGCUCCGUGCCGGAGGAGUGAACAGCAGCAGGACAGAUGUCGGGGUGACUCAUGCGUGCGUAGAAACGGAUAAACAGAGAACUGACGCUCAAAAAGGCCACGGUGGGUGGAAUAUUGUCAUUUACAUUCAGACGACGUUUUCUUGGAGUGUAAUGAGGGCUCUCGAUACCGAAUGGCUGCAGAGACUGAAUUUUCUAAGAAGAGUUUGACUGGACUGCUACCUGGGCACCUGUGACUCGCUGCUCUCCGCCACGGGAACUAACUUUUGAUCGGGACUAAAACGCGCCGUCCGUGUAAGCUGUGGACACUGGCCGUGGCGUGGGCGCUGUGGACAGUGAGAGCGGACACCCGACUGAACACCUCGGUGUGUGAGGACCGAUGGCGGCGUCUGCUCCCUCCUCCUCCGGCGGAGAUCCGGACCCCAACUCCGCUCAUUUGCGACCGCCGUUUUCAAGCUAUGACGCGUGGUGUGGAGUUGCACACGGAUGUACAAGAAAACUGGGAAUGAAGAUCUGCGGCUUUUUGCAGAAGAACAACAGCCUGGAGGAGAGGAGCAGGAUCGUUAGUUCCUUCAAGGAGAAGCACUCUUCUUCAAAGAAUCUGCGGUCGUGUGAGAACAGUGACACGGAGUCUCGCUUCAGACGCGCUGAGACGGACUUCUCGAACCUCUUUGCUCGAGAUUUGUUACCUGCCAAGAAUGGAGAGGAGCCCACCAUGCAGUUCUUGCUGGAGGUCGUUGACAUUCUCACCAACUAUGUGAGGAAGACUUUUGACAGGUCCACCAAAGUGCUGGACUUUCACCACCCUCACCAGCUGCUGGAGGGCAUGGAGGGCUUCAACCUGGAGCUGUCGGAGCAGCCCGAGUCCCUGGAGCAGAUCCUGGUGGACUGCAGAGACACGCUGAAGUACGGAGUGAGGACAGGACAUCCUAGGUUUUUCAAUCAGCUGUCGUCUGGGUUGGACAUCAUCGGAUUAGCUGGAGAGUGGCUUACUUCAACAGCAAACACCAACAUGUUCACUUAUGAGAUCGCCCCGGUCUUUGUGCUCAUGGAGCAAUUGACCUUGAAGAAGAUGAGAGAGAUUAUUGGCUGGCCAAAUGGAGAAGGAGAUGGAAUUUUCUCACCAGGAGGUGCAAUAUCCAACAUGUACAGUGUGAUGGUGGCACGGUACAAGUACUUCCCUGAGGCCAAAACCAAAGGCAUGUCAGCUGUGCCAAGACUUGUGCUCUUCACCUCUGAGCACAGCCACUACUCUAUAAAGAAAUCUGGUGCAGCUUUGGGCUUUGGAGUGGAAAAUGUAAUCCUACUGAAGAGCGAUGAAAGGGGAAGAGUUAUUCCUGCUGACCUGGAAGCCAAGAUUAUUGAAGCAAAGCAGAAGGGCUAUGUCCCUUUGUUUGUAAACGCCACCGCCGGAACGACUGUGUAUGGAGCCUUCGACCCCAUCGAUGAAAUCGCAGACCUCUGUGAAAAAUACAACAUGUGGCUGCACGUCGAUGGUGCCUGGGGAGGUGGUCUGCUGAUGUCUAGGAAGCACAGACACAAGCUGAGCGGCAUUGAGAGAGCCAACUCGGUCACCUGGAACCCACACAAGAUGAUGGGUGUGCCAUUGCAGUGCUCCGCCAUCUUGGUGAGGGAGAAGGGCCUGCUCCAGGGGUGCAACCAGAUGUGCGCUGGCUACCUCUUUCAGCCAGACAAGCAGUAUGACGUUACCUAUGACACUGGCGACAAGGCCAUCCAGUGUGGUCGCCAUGUGGACAUCUUCAAAUUCUGGCUCAUGUGGAAAGCAAAGGGGACAAUUGGAUUUGAGCAACACAUCAACAAGUGCUUGGAGCUCUCAGAGUAUCUCUACAACAAGAUAAAGGACCGUGAGGGCUUUGAGAUGGUGUUCCGGGGAGAACCGCAACACACAAAUGUCUGCUUUUGGUACGUCCCACCCAGCCUGAGGGGUAUGCCGGACUGUGAGGAACGGCGGGAGAGGCUACACAAGGUGGCACCAAAAAUUAAAGCGAUGAUGAUGGAGUCAGGAACCACCAUGGUAGGUUAUCAGCCCCAGGGGGACAAAGUCAACUUUUUCAGAAUGGUUAUCUCCAACCAGGCUGCCACCAAGUCAGACAUCGACUUCCUAAUUGAGGAAAUUGAGCGACUGGGGCAGGACUUAUAAGGCAGGAAUACCUGUCCCUUUGUGUAACCAGCUUCAUCAUGACCAGCCCCGUGGGACUCGGAGCCGAGCCUCUCCUUGUUCCUGUCCUAUCCCAAGCAAUCUCAUAGUUUCUUCAAGCCUUUGCCAGUAUGUCUUCUCAGGCACUGGUGAAAUUCACGUUAUACGGAGAGAUCCGUCUUCUGUGUGUUCCAGUUCAUUCUGUCUCUUUAGUGACCACCCUGUCAUCAGAUAUAAAUAUUGUAUUUUAAGGAUACGUUGAAUGCGAAAUGACACACAGUGCGGCUCAGUGAGCAACCCGAGUGACCAGCCUCUCACAGACAGGUGUGCUCACACAGGUUUGUGAUGUAUGACUGCAGCAGGGCUCCUGAGAGCAGACGCCCUUGUGUGAUUUAGUCAUAUAUCCUAAUAUAUGUUAUGACAUAUUACUUAUUGGUGCUUUUUGUUGUUUGUGUAAUUACCGAAUGGGACGCACCACCUUAUACCCUUAGCUGUUCCUCUCCAUCGGUGUAAAGUAGUGAGGACCGUGUGACAGUCUUUGUGACAGGUACUCUAAUCUAUUGCCGUUUUCACAGAUAUUGAAUUUUGUGUAGAUUGUGUAUAGUAUUGUUACAUUGCUUUUGUGAAAACACAUAAAUGUCCUAGUUUUACAAUAAGAGAUGUUUAAAUAAUAAUUAAUAAUUACAAGAAAAUAUAGAUAUAUAAUUCAAUAUUGCUUUAUUUAUAUUGAGAGAUCAGUAGCGUUAAAAAAAUUUAUCUAGUAUUUUCUUCCAUUUGUAACGUAACUUUGUUUAUAUAAGGAAACACU